AUGGAAUCAAAGGAAGUUCGAAUGGUUGGAAUUUAUGGACUUGAAGGAGUAGACAAGACGACUAUUGCCAAAGCUACUUACAAUACUUUUUAUCAUGGUGGCCUACUUCAGCUUCAAGAGACGCUUCUUUCUGAGGAAAUGUGGGAUGAUGAUCUGAAGCUUGGCAAUGUUCACAGAGAUGAUUAUGAGAAGGAUAUUUUUCUUGACAUCGCAUGUUCUUCAAGGGAAAGAGUAUCAAGUUAUGUGACAGAGAGUUUGGAAAGCUGUGAUCUCUACCCAAAUAGUGGGAUUGCUGUUCUAAUAAAUAAGUCACUCAUCACUAUUGAGAGUGGCAAGCUGGAGACGCAUGAUAUGAUUCAAGAAAUGGGAAGAGAAAUUGUUUGGAGAGAAUCUCCCAAAGAGCCAGGGGAGUGCAGCAGACUGUGGUUCUAUGAGGACGUGCUUCACGUGCCAACAGAAGGCAUGGGAACUAAUAAAGUAGAAGCAAUAAUGCUCAAGUUGGGGACUCCUAAAGAAGUACGCUUCGGUGCUCAGGCCUUCGUAAAUAUGAAGAGACUGAGAUUUUUCUUAGCUCGCAAUGAAUACCAUUCAGGAUAUCCCAUAUACUUUCCUGCUGAAUUAAGAUGGCUGGAUUGGCCUGAUUUCUCUGUGCCAUCUACGCCAUUCAAUACGGGCCACAAGAAACUUGUAUAUCUAGACCCGAGUAAAAGCAGCAUCAGAAUAUUAGGGAAGGAAUUCAAGCUUUUUGGAAAUUUGAGGAUUGUUAAUUUUAGCCACCGUACAUUGCUAACUGAAAUUCCCGAUGUAUUGUCACUGCCAAAUCUUGAGAGUUUGGAUUCUCAAGAGUGCACUAAUCUUGUUGAGGUGCAUCAAUCUAUCGGGUGUCUGGACAAGCUUGUAUAUCUGAACUUUUUGUACUACUACAAUAUUAGCCGAUUUCCAGGCAAUCUACAGUCAAUGACUCUUCAAAAUUUGAUCCAUAGAGGUUGCUCAAAGCUUUCAAGGUUUCCCGAUAUUCUUGUGACAAUGAAAUGUCUAAAAGAACUAGUGCUUCAUGAGACUGCCAUUAAAGAUCUACCCUCCUCGAUCACUAAUCUUAUCGGAUUGAAAGAGUUGUAUCUAAGGGAUUGCUUGGACCUUAAGAACCUUCCUUGUAGUAUCUAUACACUGCAGCUAUGA